GCGCUCGGUGAUAUGCCUAGUUGUGUUGGAUUCUCUGCGCAGUUGAUUAUUAGUCCUGUGUUGGUACCCGGAAGCGGUGUGUGUAGUGAUGGCGGGAUAUUUUGCAGAACGAUAAGCCGGGCCGCUCAGGCUAAGUUUAGGAUGACUCGCCGUGCUCUCAGCUUUCAUCCCUUAGAGGAGGGAGCGGACUCCGGACGGACAGAGGGGACACAAAGUGACAGAAAGCAACAUAUAACCGAUUUCUUCAAACCAGCUUGCAAACCAGGUGCACCUAAUGUCAUUGCCAAUAAGCGCUUCAAACUACAGACCCAAGAUGUGGACUCCUGCAAUUCUAACAAAAUUCCACCACCCAAAAAGCGGAGGAAAAGCCCAGCGCAGUCACCCAGCAAAAGCCCCAUCUUAGACGCUUUUCUAAAAAGUAGGAAAGACAAUCGAACCAUUGUAAGAAACAUUCAGGCUUUCUGUGAAAAAUGUGGCAUGAAUGUACUAUCUCCUAAGGUGGUAAUUGAGAGACUAACUUUACCCGUCAGCACACUAACUUUACCUGUCGGCACACUGGUUAAUUUGAAAGAAGGGUUUAAAAAAUGUGUUGACAGUACAGAGGCUGUAACUCGAAAUCUAACGCCUUUAAAACGUUUACAAUCUAAAAAUGUAAGACAGCUGCCAUUUUCUGGAAAAUCUUACUAUAAUCAGCAACUUUUUGAUAAAAGGAGCCAAACUCCGGUAAAUGGAACAUCUGUAAGUAGUAGGGAAACUUCAAAUGUCAAAACUAGUUUAGAAUCUGAAAAGGCAAGCAGCAGUGAUUUAGAAUCUGAAUUUCCUCUCUUCCCUUUGGAACCCGCCACUUUAGAAUCCAAGAACUCUGACUGCUCUACACAUGACGCUCCUUUUAAUGGUUCAAAAAAAGUCUUCCGGCGAGGUCACAGGGAUAGUGUGGACAGCGAUGAAUCGUUUAAUGCUUUUUCAUUAAGCUCUGAUGAAGAAGAAGAAAUACUCAAACCUCUUGAUGAGAUUAUGAAAACUGCAGCACAGCCUGUGCCAGCUACCCCACAGAAAGCAGACUUGUCCUCACUUUCUCUAUCGCCAAUGCUUGAUACUCCGGUAAAUAACAGAUUAAAGGAACUUUUACAAACUCCUCGCUAUGAUAACAAUCUGGUGCUUCUAGUAAAAGAGAAAGAGGAGAGUGAAAGAAUCAAUGCAAUAGAGAAGCAGCUUCACAAAGACCUAGAAAGGGGACAGGGAGUGGCUGAUGAAAAAGUGAUGGAUUGUGAACAGAAUGAAGAACUUACAGACGAGCACAGGGACCUAUUGAAGAAAUUUUCAGUUGCCGCAAAUGCAAUACCAGAUCACCAUCCAGGAGAGGAAAUCUUCCAUUUGUCUCAAUCAGGAAGGAUCUUUAACAUUUGUACUCUUAACCUGAAACACUUAGAAUCUAUCUCUGGCAGCUCUGAAGAAAUGAUCAUAUUCAGCUGUAUUCCUGGAAAUCAGCUAUUGUUAGCCACAGAAGGAUUCCUCACUACAUUGUAUCAGUUUAAGCAAUGCCCUGAGGUACUAAUGAGAUGGUUGUUUCAGAUGGUUUCUGUUCAUCCAUCUUACGCCAUAUCCAUUAAACUUUUAAAUGCCUUGAUUGAAAUAACGUGCAACCAUCUUACAAAUCUUGAAGAAAAGCCCUGGGUUCCAACUUUACUGGACAUAGCAACUGUGUUUGCCAACAUGGGGAUUGCCUUCAAAACUCUUUUUUCUCUUCCACACAUUCAGCCAGCUUUCAGUGACUCUGACCUAGUAUCUGCAGUACCUGGAUCGGUGUCAACAGAACAACAAACUUUGUGCACAGAACAAAUUUUUUCUCGUGUUCCAGCAUCUCAGAUGGCUCAUGUAAUUAAGUUCUUAUGCUUGUGUACAGCAGUCUAUAGAGAGAGCUAUCAUGACCUGGAAAUCCUUGCACUUUUGGUGAUGCUUUUAAAAAUACAUCUGGAAAAAGAAAUAAAAGACAUUCCUGUGAUGGACUUGCAUUGUCUCAUUGCCAAUCUCCUGCAAAACAUCAAGGACUGGGUAACUAUUAUGCCGGAAUUGUGCUUUGCUAUGAGCGAACUUUCCAAUCACCAUCAUAAUUUCCUAAAGCUGCUACAGCUUGUGCCUACCUUUGAGAUUCGUGGCAGAGAACUAAGAAGACACGUCAGCCUUAUUUUCAUAUCGAAUAUCCAGAAUGGACACUGUACAGAUAUACCUCUGGAUUAUGUGUCUCGGAUGCUGCUGUUGUGUACGUGUUUGUCCCAAAUGAAGCCAUCGUCUCUGGUGAGGAAAAUGCAGUCCCUUGAAGAAAAUGAAGCAAAGACAUUCCUGGAGUUGGAUCAGGAGGCAUAUUAUUUGACUUUCAGUCUGUUACAUUUGGUCAAUGAUGCAAGCAGCUCAGAUGAACCCCUUUCCUUUCAGAGAAAAUACCUUGUGAAAUUGUGCUCGGAGUUGGAGAAGCACGUAAAGAGUGAUAUCCGCGAAGAUGCAAGGUUUUUCUACAGAACAAAGGUAAAAGAUCUAGUAGCCAGAAUACAUGGCAGAUGGCAAGAACUACUACUUUACUCUCGACCAAGUCAGGGGAAACUUCAUGAAUAUUGGAAGCCAGCGCGUGAAAGCUCAAGCCUUUCAAGUUCACAGGAAAGUGUUGAUGAAGCUUCCCUGGAGGAACAGAUAAACAUGUCAGAAUAAAAUGAGGCAUAAAGCACUUUUUUUCUUAUAUCUCGGAAUCUAACUGGGUUGUCCAUGCUCAGUUUAACUGUAUAUAUGUCUUCAAUUAUUACUAUAGGCAUUAUAUGAAGGAGUUAUACAAUAACAAAGCAGCAUAGUGCAUCAAUGAGGUAACGAACCAACUAGAGGGAAUUAAAAGUAGGAAUUGGCGUUGCAUUAAUAGAGUUUUAAAAGUGGCAAUAAUUCCCAUGGCAAUCAGAUUUCAGCUGUAAUAUUUGCUUUCUUGUGCUUUCAUAUGAAUGUUUAAGGCUACACUCAAACAAGCGAUUUGGGCUGGCAUAAUUAGCAGUGUCAAGAAUCUGCUGAUUCCUGCUGCUGUUCUUGCCACCUGUAGGCGGCUAGCUGCGGCCGUCUAGCCCCGUACACUUAAUGACGAGUCGGCUGUUCACUCAGCCAACGAUUACCUGUGGUGAUCACUAGCUGUGUGAACAGCCACGGAUAGUUGGGGCUGCUGCCAAACUGUCAUUAAAGUAUAUAUUCUCAGUGGCCGCUGCUAGUCGCUCACAGGUGGCCAAAACAGCAGCAGGGAUGGCAGCCAUUGUAUUGGACCAAACAGCCUGUGUGAAUGUAACCUUAUAAUUCAUUUACUCUAAGAAGCCUUAGUCCUAUCCAAUAUACUAAUAUGGAAUAUAACAUUCUAAGAACUGCUCAAACACAGGUGCAUGAACCAUAUUUGCAGAAAAGCACUCAUAGCAGUUAAAAUGAACUAACUAUUGCACAGUUGGUAAUACGAACUUUAAGUAACGCAGCCUUUACGUUUUCAUUCUUUUUGAAAAAAUAAUCUUGAAAGUGACCCUUAAAGCAAACCUGUAGCUGGAUCCAUUGUAGAGCCACCACCUCAACCUGCAUGUAGUGUUCAAAGUUAUAGAGGUUCCCAAAAUCAGGGGCAUGCUAAAAGCUGCUUCCUAGUUUAUGCCGUCUUGGGCUCAUAAGCUCUUGGCUGCUUAACCAGGCCACUGUUCCGUUUUGAUAGGGCAGUUAGCUCUUGGACCCACCCACCCCCUCCUAACUUCACUUAGGAAGUUCACAUUUAUGUAUUAAAACACUCAGAAUCCUGCUAUCGCUUCAUAGAGGUAAAUUACAACGGUGGAAACUGCUGAAAGUGAAUUUAAUUCCAAAGUUUAUUUUUCUAGGUAAAUAGAAACUUUUUUUGUGCUGAAAGUGUAUGGGGAAAAAUUUAGUUCUUUGUUUUAAUAGGAUUAUGGAAGAGUUGAAGCAGUAUUAAACCCAAAAGCAAAAA